AGUCGCGACUGAUACUGCGUUGGAUUUCUCUGUAGUUUGUGAGCCUUAAGAUGGCCCAGAACGCAAACAUUACGUCGCAAGAUGGCAUGCUGUUGGCUGUCCUAGCGGACGAGGAUACCAUCACCGGCUUUUUGCUGGCUGGUGUGGGAAACGUAGACCUACGGAAGAAGCGGAACUACCUAAUAGUAGACUCAAAGACUCCUGCGCGAGCAAUUGAGUCCGCGUUCAAGGAGUUCGCUGCCCGGGACGAUAUCGCAGUCAUUCUGAUCUCCCAGCAAGUUGCCGGGCAAAUUCGCAAUGUUAUCGAGGCUCACAACAAGCCUAUCCCAGCUGUGCUGGAGAUUCCCAGCAAGGACUGCCCAUACGACCCGUCGCAAGACUCCCUGCUCACGCGGGUAAAGCACAUUGCGGGUUUCAACUAAGCGGACUUGCUUCGGACUUGCUCCUGGAGCCAAGCAGCUGGGUUGAUCACCGUAGUUUAUUGCUAGCAUGGAAGACACGGCCCAGCCGCGGCGCAUGUCUCAAAGGCGUGGUAUGGAAUGCAGGGGGAGGCCCCGUGGGGUAGGUAGUGGGUUUUCCAACAUGCGGGGUGUGUAGGGAAGUGUUGUUUGGGGUCUUCUUCGGAAUACCCCAUGAAAGGGUUUCGCUUUGAAAGGAUGCGCCGUAGGGAAGGAGGAGGGUACAGGGCCGGGCUACCGGUGGGCUACAUGCGGCGGCCGAGGGUGAUCGCUUCAUGGGGCCUGUGGGGCUUAGGGUUAUAACUUCAGGCAGUCAGCACAGCAGUGGGACCUCUCGGACUGGCGGAACAUCAUCGUUGACUGCUCGCAUCAGACAGACAGGCUUAGGGCGGCGGCUUACAUUAGAGGAGGAACGGGCUAGGAUGGAUGGACGGCGAUUUGCCGCCUCCAGGGCUUUGCGGAUGUCGCACGUAGGACCCACGGUGUGAAUGCUUCUUUCCAUGGGGCACUCACAAAUACAAACGAAUGAUUUUCGAUGCUACGGUGGACACCACCGCGGACGUACAUGUAAUCCCCAUGGUUUCG